UUUCCCCUUAGACGAAUGCUGUUUCUCCGGGUCCUUCUGUAUAUAAAAGUUUUAACGUGUACGAUGCAUUAGUAAAUCAACAAUGCAGAAAUAAAUUUUCUGUUUCGUAUUCAAGAAAACGACAUAAUUUGGAUAACGAUCUUAUAAUCAUAUUGGAACACGACAUAUAGUCCCAUCACAGCCAUGACUGACAACGAAACCUUGACCCCAACGUUAACGGUUAACAAUGGUGGAUGCGAUUGGGAUACAGCCUUGGGUGUUAAUACCACGUUCGAGAAUGUGGAGAACAAUUCCACAAUCUAUGUUUAUUUGGUAUUGUACCCGGUUCUGUUGUUCUGCUGUACGGUGGGCAGCAGUCUGACAAUCGCUGCAUUGGUGAAAGACCCCAGCAGUCGCCGAACUUCAACCGCCGUUUACAUGAUUUGCUCUGCUUGUGGAAAUUUAUGUAUAUUAUGGUCAGCAUUACCCGAUUAUAUUACAUCAGCAAAAUCUUCCCUUGGCAUUGACGAGAACGAUGAUAACAGCACUAGUAGCGCAGAUCUUUUGGCGUUGCUGCAAUAUAAAGGUUUUGGCGUUUUUUGGAAUGAAACGUCCAUUCAGUUUGUAGACUGGACGUUAAUAGUAUUCUCUGUCGAGCGGCUGCUGGUUACACUGCGCCCUUUGUCCGCUAUGGCCCGAACAGCUUCCACAGCGUGGCAGAAAACAAUCAUAAAAGAAUUGAUUGUUCUUCUUUUGGCCUGCUUGUUUUCCUUAUCCUGGUUGUGCACGUACUAUUAUUGGUUACCAUUAUCGGCGACAUCACUAUUAACUUUCCAGGAGCUCCUGACACCGCCAUUACGACGUUGGUACACUGUGCAGAACGAUGCUGAAGUGGGGAUGUGGAUAGCCAAGUGGCUAGCUCUCUCGUUUCUGAGUGCGGCCCUUAUUUUCGUUCUCUGGAAGCACCGAAAAGCCAUCUCAAAGUCGGUCGCUCAGAAAAAGGACAACCGCGCCCGCAAUGCCAACUUAAUCGUCAUCGGAAGCCUUACACUGUACAUGGUGACCCAACUGCCGUAUGUUUUGUUGACCUGCUUGAAAAUUGCCAGAUCGCCACCAUACUGUACUUUACGUAUGACCAACGCCCAGGAUAGCAAGGCCAGAUCAGUUGUCAACGUAGUCAGCUGGAGCAACUAUUCCGUCAGCUUUUUUGUGUAUUAUCUGUCGAGUGCGAAGUUCCGCGAACAGGUGAAAAGCAUGUUCACCGGUGUAAGGAACGGGAAGCAGCAUCGAAAUAAAGGGGGCAUGCAUCCGACCCAGAGCAGAGUCCAGUUGACAAUGCAAACACUGAGUCCAAAAAAUAGCAGUUCGUCCGAUGAUACAGAGAUCGCUGUGGAGAAGUCCGAGGAUGACCAAAUAGAAGAAAUUAAAGCCAUGACCGAGAUCGACUUGCGAAGACGAAAAUCUAUUCUACAAGCAGCUAGUAUUCAUCUGUCCGAGGAAGAGCGGACGUCAGAAGAAAUCAGCACCAUGGCGGAAAUAGAUUUGCGAAGGCGGAAAUCCAUUCUGCAAGCUACAACUGUUCAUUUGUAGCCCGAUAUGUGUCUGUAUGUUCGCUUCUGUUCCUUUAUAUGGCCAAUGUUCUGCAUAGGGAUAGCGGAGCAUUACACGGCUCCAAUAUCAUAUUAUUCCGACCAUGUGAUAAAUUGGCAGUUGAUGGCCAGUCCACUUUUAUUUCUCGUCACACGUGCUUUCAAUGAUUUUGUAAUACUCGUACUUUUGUUUUCCUGCACCUGCAGGCUUAACAGUCAAUUUCUGGCUGUUAAAUCGGAAGAUAAAUUUACAAAUCCCGGCGUUACAAAUCAAGUGUUAGCAGUUAAGUUAGCUUGUGAAUUGA